AUGUCCAUCCGCAUCCCCGCCUCAGCCGGCACACGAGCCCGCUCCCUCCUCCGCACCGUCCAAUACACCCACCCUCCCUCAUGUCCCUGCCACGGAAACCCCCUUCACCACCUUCAACACGGCCACCACAACCCCGCCUCUCUCGCCCGCCAUCUCGCAACACCAGUCGACCCCUCGCGACAAAAAGAAUAUGCCUUUGAAAUGGCCGCCUCGAGCAUCCGCUUCGGCCCCGGAUCCACCAAGGAAGUCGGCAUGGAUUUCAAGAACUUGAAAGCGAACCGCGUGUGCAUUGUUACGGAUGAGAAUGUUGUAAAACUGGAUGCAAUGAAGCAGGCUGUGGAGGCAUUGAGUCACGAGGGAGUGGAGUUUACGGUGUUUGAUCGAGUGCGGAUUGAGCCGAAAGAUAGUUCGGUGAAGGAGGCGAUUGAUUUUGCGAAGCCGUAUGGGGCGGAUGCGUAUCUUGCUGUCGGUGGUGGGUCGGUCAUUGAUACCGCCAAACUCAUGAACCUCUACACUAGCUUCCCCGAGGCCGAUUUCCUCGACUUUGUCAACGCUCCGCUGGGCAAGGGUCUGCCUGUGAACAAGCCUCUUAAGCCGCUUAUUGCUGUGCCCACUACAGCAGGCACUGGUUCUGAAACCACCGGAACAGCCAUCUUCGAUCUUGUCUCCAAGAAGGCUAAGACGGGUAUCGCUCACCGCAAUCUGAAACCGACACUCGGUAUCUGUGAUCCGAUCAACACGCGUACAAUGCCUCCUGCGGUAAAGGCAGCCUCGGGACUCGACGUGCUCUGCCAUUCGCUUGAAUCGUGGACCGCAAUCCCUUACAACGAGCGUACUCCCCGCCCUGCAAAUCCCAUCCAACGUCCUGCGUACCAAGGCGCCAACCCCAUCUCCGAUAUCUUCUCCCUCCAAGCCCUCAAGAGCUGCGUCGAGUAUCUUCCUCGUGCUGUUAAAGAUCCUGAUGACUUUGAAGCGCAGUCGCAGAUGCUCCUCGCGGCAACUCUGGCGGGUGUUGGUUUCGGUAACGCAGGUGUCCAUCUCUGCCACGGCAUGAGUUACCCGAUCUCCAGUCAGAACCCGGGAUACAAACACGGUGGCUACGCUGUCCCCCACCCCAUCAUUCCUCACGGUGUUUCCGUCGCCGUCACCGCACCAGCCGUCUUCCGUUUCACAGCCGCAUCGAACCCAGACCGGCACUUGGCAGCUGCGGAAGCGUUUGGUGUGGACAUUUCGAACGUGAAGCGCGAGAGUGCCGGUGAGGUGCUUGGGGAGGCUAUUGCUGAUUUCCUGGUGAAGCUUGGUGGACAGCCGCGCGGAUUGAAGGAUCUGGGAUUCAAGGGGUCGGAUGUAGACGGCCUUGUGGAGGGCACAUUGCCGCAGAAGCGUGUGCUGAUGCUGGCACCAAACUUAAACGAGGAGUUGCAGGCUGAAAAGCAGGAGUUGAGAACGUUACUUGAACAGUCGUUGGAUUAUUAG